AUGUCCAAUGCGAUACCCCAAGAGACUAUAGCACUCAUUCUGGAGGUUGGAGCUUUUGAACAUGGAACUACUAAGAUAACAGAGGAAACAGUGGGCAUGCUGCAGAAGUACAUGGAGAUCUUUGUUCGAGAGGCUGUUCUGAGAUCUAGUGUUAAUAAAGAGCAGGUCAAGAAGGAGCAGGAUGCUGUUUACGGCAAGAGAGAAGCAAAGGAAGUCACACUGACGCAUGAAGAUUUGGAGAAUGUGACCGGGUUGUUGCUUCUCGAUAUGUGA